CCACCCAAUUUUCAUUUUUCCAAGACCUUGCUCGUAGAUGUAUUUUCUGAAAACAUGCCUUCGGUUUUUGAAACAAAUCAAUUUCGUUCCCGCGGAAAGAAACAAGAGGGGGAGAGGGGGUUUCACCGUAAGGUGCUAGAAUUCUUUCUUUAGUAACUCGAACUUUCAGUUUGGGUUCGCCACACAACCCUAACAAUCUGAUUGCAAGGCAUAAUCAGAUUAUGCCAUUUUCCUUUCUCUGAUAGAUGAAUAAAUGUGGUUAGCUUUCCAAAAACAUCAAGAUGUUGAUGCUAUAUUGUGCUCAAGGAACACAACUUUUUGCAAGGCCUGGUUCUGCAUCAGCAUUGUCACGAUUGUUUACAGUUCUGAAUGUGAUUGCUAAGCACAGGGUGCAAACAAGCUAUUCAGUUUUGUCUGGUGACUCUGCCAUGUGCUAUCAUAAUGGUGGUGAAAGAGUGCAUCCUGUUUCCCAAAGGACUUACCAAGUUGUGGUGGCUGCAACACGUAAGAUGGGCAUUGGGAAGGAUGGGAAGUUACCAUGGAAUUUGCCCUCUGACCUUAAAUUUUUCAAGAAGCUUACAAUGACUACAUCAGAUCCUGGGAAAAAGAAUGCAGUAGUAAUGGGCAGGAAAACAUGGGAAAGUAUCCCCCUCAACUAUCGACCUUUACCUGGUCGCCUUAAUGUGGUGCUCACUCGGUCUGGGAGUUUUGAUAUUGCAACUGUAGAGAAUGUUGUCAUAUGUGGAAGCAUGCUGUCAGCUUUGAAAUUACUGGCAGAAUCUCCGUAUUGUUUGUCAAUAGACAAGGUGUUUGUUAUAGGGGGUGGUCAGAUAUUAAGGGAAGCACUGAAUGCUCCUGGUUGUGAUGCCAUCCACAUCACUAAAAUUGAGACAAGCAUUGAAUGUGACACUUUCAUUCCCACUAUUGACACUUCUGUAUUUCGUCCAUGGUAUUCAUCAGUACCAUUGUUGGAAAACAAUAUUCUAUAUUCUUUUGUGACUUAUGUUCGUGUGAGGAGUUCUGCCUUGGAAUCUUUUGCUUUGAGCAGUGGGGUGAAUUUUAAUGGUGGUUCAGUUCCAAAUAAGCUCAAGAUACAGGGUUUUACCUUCUUGCCGAAGAUGAUUUUUGAGAGACAUGAUGAAUUUAUGUAUCUAAGACUACUAAAAGAAAUUAUCUCAAGCGGCACUCAUAAAGCUGACAGGACGGGGACUGACACUGUAUCAAAAUUUGGUUGUCAGAUGCGUUUCAAUCUGCGUUUAUCUUUUCCGCUUCUUACCACCAAGAGAGUAUUUUGGAGAGGUGUUGUUGAAGAGCUUUUGUGGUUUAUUAGUGGUUCAACAAAUGCAAAGGUACUGCAGGAGAAAGACAUUCAUAUAUGGGAUGGCAAUGCAUCCAGAGAGUACCUUGACAGUAUUGGUUUGACAGAUAGGGAAGAGGGGGACUUGGGACCCAUAGAUGGGUUCCAGUGGAGACACUUUGGUGCCAGGUAUACCAACAUGCAUGCUGACUACAUGGGUCAAGGAUUUGAUCAGUUGCUUGAUGUUAUUGAUAAGAUCAAGAAUAAACCCGAUGACAGGUGUAUUAUACUCUCUUCUUGGAAUCCAUCUGAUCUUAAAUUGAUGGCACUUCCGCCUUGCCACAUGUUUUCUCAGUUUUAUGUAGCCAAUGGGGAGCUAUCCUGUCAAAUGUAUCAGCGCUCUGCUGAUAUGGGUCUUGGUGUGCCAUUUAACAUUGCUUCUUAUGCUUUAUUGACAUGCAUGAUUGCCCAUGUUUGUGGUAUUGUCCCUGGUGAUUUCAUCCACAUAGUUGGUGAUGCUCAUAUUUAUAAAACUCAUAUUAGGCCUCUGGAGGAGCAGCUUCAGAAACUUCCUAAACCUUUCCCUAUUUUGAAGAUCAAUCCACAGAAGAAGGAUAUUGAAUCAUUUGUGGCAACUGACUUUGAGCUUAUAGGUUAUAAUCCUCACCAGAAGAUUGAAAUGACAAUGUCAGUGUAGGAGCGAGCUUUUAAAUGGUAGCAAAAAGAAUUCAAAGUUUCUUCCCUCCCCGUAAGCAUGGCUACCGUCAGCUUUUCAGGGUGUGACAUUGGAGAAUUGUCACCAUCAUUAUUAUUAUGUUAUCAGAAGUUGUAUAUCUUUUUGGAAAUACUGAGUUGUGAAGCCCAUUGAAUGUGGAUGACAAGCAUCUCUCCUAUGUUGCAUGCUUCUAGAUAGGGAACUGUUCAUUGAGGUUCUCUUCCUAUUUUACCACUCUCUCUCUCUCACACACACACACACACACAAAUAUUUAUUGAGGUUCUCUGCUUUCUUUCUUCUUUUUUUUUUUUGGCAGAUAUGUACACUUAAUUGUGCAGUGACAUUCCCUCUAUGAACUGCACACCUACAUGCACAUAGUGGUACAAAAUAUUGUUUGUCUAGGAUUGCAUGAUAAAAUAAGUGAGCAUUGGAAACUCGAAACUAUAUAUGUGUGUGUGUGUGUGUAUUUCUAUAACUUUCCCUUUCAAUUUUGAUAAUGAUUUCAGGUGCUGGUGGCAUGAGGAUUUUAGUUGGUAUGCUGUUUGUUUUUCUUUUUUUAUGAUGAGAACUGUAGCUGCUGUACGUGAGCCUUUUUCUAUGAUGCAGUAAAUGGUUAUAAGAUGCUUUAGGAUCUCCUUGCGUGUAGGUUGUAUGGUACUCCUGGACCUAUUCAGAUGGUGGUUAUUAGAUUAUAAAUCAUGCAAGUUUUGAAGGAUGCUCCAAUUUGUUUGCAAGUUUACCUUUGCCUAUUUGCAGUUAUUCUCAUGAUAAUAGAUUCUUGUAGCUCAUUGAUAUUUCCAGUUGCUUGAAAGUUGAUGGAAGAAACAUUGGUGGACUGCACCUUGACAUGCUUUAUAAUAGGAGUAGGGAUCUAUGGGCUUCAUGGGAUACUGCAAUUGAUCUUAAUAGAAGUUAUGAUUUUGAGCCAAUUUCAAUAUACAGAUUACAGAAUAUAUCAUGGGGAAGUUGCCCUCUUUUCCAUUGGAAAAGACUCAUUCUAUCACAUGACUAAUGAUGCCUUCUACAUCUUUUUGUUUCAUUCCAAGGGGUACAUCAUUCAAAAGAGUGCGUUUAGGUCGUAGUCCUUGUAACCUCCAUAAGUUUUGAGCUCCAGGACGAUCCAUUAUCACCAAGAAAUUAAAUCUUAUUUCUAAAAGGUGGGCAUACUGGAAACUAGGAAACCAUAAAAGACUUGAGAGAUCCAAAGUGACGGCUUCUUAGCAUCUGUCAGAAAGAAAUGGAAGAUGAACAAACACAUUAUUUGAGAAUGGUAAAACCAUAUAGUUGUAUCUCUUACUAAAACUAUAGCCCCACGGGAACACAAUGGUUUAAUCAAAGGAAAUAAAUGGGACAAAGGCAAAAUGAAAAAUGAACAUUGGGAGGAGGCAUACAGCCUCAAAUUCAGUACCAGGAGACAGAAAAAUAGCCACUGACCUUUCUUAUCAGCAAAUGUAGAUUAUAUUUCCCAAAAAUGUGAUUUCUAUCACCAUUUUCACAGCUUAUUUAUCUUCUUUUGGUACAGUUUUGAUGAUGGUAUAUACAUAUAUAUUAUUGUAAUUACCUUCUCAUACCUAGAAUCACAACCUAUCAUUAAGCAGUGGCAUUCUCUAUGCUUGAUUUCAUUUCUUUGAUCAGAACCCAAAUGGAGGUUUGCAUAAGUGACCCCACAAAACAGAGAAACCAAUGCACUAGGUUGUAACCAUGAAACAUUGAAACCUGGACAAUACAUAUAAAGCUGCUGUGGGAAUGUUUACAACCAAAUAAGGAAAUCUGUGUUGAAAAUUGAUUAAGGAACUGGAGAAGCUAGUUUGACCUUGUUGUAUAUCUCUCCCACAUAAAGCUGAAAUUAGAACUGAGGCAGAGGGGUGGGGAACACAAAGCAGAAAUGGAUGUCUUGGUGGGUUAAAGUGGAUGAGCAUUCAGAGAAUUCAGAAUUCAGUCACUUUUGCCUUCACUAGCUCCAAUAUUGAUGAUAGACUUCACUGUAGUGUUUCUUCUUUGCAAAUCACAACCUCUGCUUUUGAGGAGAUGAGGUUAGUAUCUUUAAUAUUUAUAGCGGCUUUGCCUCUGGGAGGCUUGAAAAGGCUAGUCCACUGGAAACAGAGAAGCACAUGGACCUCAAGCGUAAAACCAAGGCAUCAAGUGGAGAAAGGUCCACUACCUCAUUUCAAGUGUAUUGUCAAGAUAAAGGAGAAUUAAGACAAGUUUGGACCAGUGGCAUCGUGACCCCUGCCAACAAGAAAUGGAGCAACAUAAACUACCUGUUGUAAAGCUGCUCAGCUAUAAAAGGAAAACAAAGUUGGUCAAAGCUUUACUGAAAUGAAGGUCAAGAAAUUUAAUCCAAUAAUUUUACCUUUUACCCACGAUUUUGGUAACCUGGGAGAUUUCAAAUGUGAACCUGUUGACUAUUAAUAGAUAAUUCUCCAAAUUUAAACUAUUUAGCAUUGAUCAACUGCUAAUCCUUUUUUCCCCUAUAGAUUCUUAAUGCCUUCCUAACCUGACUGCUGAUCCCAAGCUCUUGCAAGUAAAAGCUGCUGAUAAGAAUUUCUGAAUGCAGAGGCAAAGGUUAAGGUUGCUGUGAAAUGACACAUAUGGAUUGCAAAGAUUAUCAUCACAUUUGACUCCCAAGUCCCAACAAGACAAUUUAAACGAGGAAAAGAGGCAAUGAAAGGUCAAUCAGAUCAAUACCCUACAUGUGAUUUUUACCUGUACUUUUACUUCAUCAUCAUGAUUUCGGUCAUCAAAAUUUCUUACUUAGUGGAUACAUAGAGCUCUGUAUUUAUCUAAAAAAGAUGAAAUUUUUUUGUAUUCAUCCAAGUUUAACAGAAGCCUUAAAUCCCCAUCUCUGCUUUUAGUGAAUCUCCAACAUUCCAAGAGACUUAAUAGCAGAGUAAGCGUGCCAAUACCAAUGUUCGUAUCCAGAACUCUUGACAUUUUUCUCAAUUCUUGUUGGUAGAGGAUUCUACAUAAAGAUGGAGUAGCUGACUCUGGAAAUUUACUUCAUACAUGGUCCUACCACCCAUGAUUUUUUUUUGUGUUAUGAAAUCUAUGACUGAAGAACAAUCAAUUGCCAAAAAAUCUGCAUAUUUUUACCCUAGAUAUACACAUAUCCAUUGUAUGCUUCAUCAAGAAACUAUCCACUAUAUACCAACUAAGGAUAAUGAAUCUCAGAGCGGCCCAUAAUGAAACUGCUUUAUAUUUCUUGCUAGGUGCCUGCCAAAAUCCUUAGGAGCCUUAAAGUAUACACCCAUCAAAAAAGUAUAUACAAAUCAAAUUGAAUUGUUUUGGGUGAGGCUGCUUAUGGAUGAUCAUGUAUAAACUCUAAGCUUACGACCAAAACAUUUUCCUUCAUUGACUGACCAGAUGAUAGCAACAAGGUGUGUUUAUGAAUGAAGAACAACUACUUAAUGACUUGCUUCUCUUCAGGUAUGAACUACCAUCUUAUUCUGAGGAAGUGUUUUUCCUGCUAAAUGUAUAGUUCGGCAUGUUGUGGAAAUUUAUCAAUGUCUCAAUAUUUAUGUUGCCAAACCCUUUGAAAAUAUAGUUUCCGGAGAAAAUAAUUUCAAAAAGGCAGCAAACAGGAAAAGGAGAAAAAUUUUAUCUGUUCAAAUGGCUGAACUACAUGAGCUAAACUCGUAAUGAAUACAGAGAUCCAUGAGACAUGGGUUUCUUAGUUACAGAAUUGAACAUAUAUGAUAAUCUGCACCGACCAUGUACCAGACAUCACAACCCUGACAGAUCUUGGGAAGGCUAUGAAUAUGGACUUGGGAGGACACAGACUUGUCAUCCUUUUUCUCUUCCUUGGGAGGACCUAUACUCACAAUCAUUGCAGAUCUUUUGAACUUCCUCACCUGUUUGAUAAUUUUCACUGGAUCAGCUUCUCCAAUUACUGUGGCUGUAUUUUUUGAAGGGUCAAGAACAACAGAAGUUAUCCCUUCUAUUGCACCAAUUAACUUCAUGACCUUCUGUCUGCACUUUGAACAGAGUAGUUCCACUGACACAACAGUUUUCUGCAUAAAAAAGAGAGCCAGGGUCUUUAGUACGGACUCUGAGCUCAGAGCAGAUCAAUUAUAUUCCAUAUCAGAUGUGCUGAAAAAGUACUGAAAAGUGUCAGUGCAGGGAAAGAACUGCUCAGAAAGAUGAGAAUUCAUAAAUCUAAUGCAUAAGCUAAUAUAAAACACCACUUAAACCAUAGAGCCAUUAUAGAAGUAUGGGAGUUUGAGGAAGAGAUGGAACCUUUGACAUGGUUUUUUAGUACAGAACUGUACUAACUGUAAGCAUAGGAAAAUGGAGUAGAACAAGCUGCUGUGGAAGUUGUGAAUGGAUUCAUAGUUGCUAUUUAUAAAAAUUAUUCUCUUUCAA